UCCCUCCUGACCCACAAAUAACGGAGGAAGAUGAAUCCAGCACGGGGGCUAACGACAUCUCUUAGCGCUACAUUAGACAAUUUGUAACACUCCAAGGCCUCUUCAUUCCUCUUGACUUUCAUGUAUCAGCAAAUACAAUCGAAAUUUAGUCGGAAUUUGUGAAUUGGAGCGACUGCCGCGACUGAGCGGUUGUCGCAACACACAGCUUAGAUAUGGGCGCCAUACCUGCCAUGGCCACGGCAAAGCUUCUUAAUCCACGUCUCACUUCCUCCUCCCAUUCUCCCUUCUCUUUGUCUCCCUCAAAAUGUUUUCCACAAUGCUUUCCAAUCAGUUCUUCUUCCGGCACUUUUCAAUCGAAAGGUGGCGCCCGGCUGAUGCGCUUUGCUUCCAAUGUGGUGACCGUAAUGGGUGGAUCUGUCGUGGAGAAUCCUCACAAGUUGUGUGCAUCUCAGCACGUUGGCAGUGGAAGUGUAGAGAGGAACGAUGCUGCUCCGACAGGACCUUUGGUGAAGCCUGAGGCGAAACUCACGGCAAAGGAGGCUGUGGAGGCCCAAAUGAACACGCUUGUAGAAAACGAUGAUCCUCGACCUGAUCAUGGACUUGAGGUCAUGUAUCAGUUUGCAAAUACUGAAGGAAUGAAUGGAAGCACAAUGACACACUACUUCGGAUUUGCCUCCGAUCUGUACCACUUUGGCCACUUUGCACUAAAGUUCAAGUCCAGAUAUCCGGAGCUGAUUUGUCACGCUGGAUAUGAGAUUAUUAGUGUUCUAGAAGACGAGGAUCGAUGUGAGGUAAAGUUGAAGCUGCUACAAGGGAGGGAUAAGGCGGAUGCUCAGUUUGUAUUUUCCUUAUCAAAACGUUCCAGAGGGGUGUUGCCACCCUGCUGGCUCACAGAUAGCUUGCUCAAAUUGAGUGAAGAAGUGUGAGAUGUUUUUGAAGAUAUGCACACUGAAUUGUGGAUUCAUGUUCAUGUUG